CAGGGAGUCCAUCCGAAUAAAAAAAGUCAACGUUGAGUGAAAAAUGUUCGUCGAAAAACUAAAUGAAACAAACGAAUUUCAAGACGUUUAGCUCUACAGUUUUCAGUGCUAUCAAGACYAUUUACCCAUCCAAGGCUGAAGAACAGAGAAGUUGCAAAAAUGGAUGGUAAUGAGGUAUUAGAUGGAGUUGAAAACGUCAAUAAUCAAUCAUUAGAAGAGAAUUUGGAGCAAAAUGACCAAGAACUAUUAAAAGCAGAAAAGUCUCCCAAAGAUGAACAAAAAGAACCAGUUUCACCCACAUCUCUCAGUUCUGAUAUACACCUGCAUGCGCUACCUAAUGUAGAGGUACAAAUACUCCAAGAAUCACCACAUGGUAGUGAUACCGAYGAUUUAACAAACAGCCAAGACAUUUCUUGCACAACAUCAGCUGUACUAGUCACAGAUGUUAUCCCAAUAAGCUCAAGUGGUAUCUCACAAGCUGUAGUCUUUACUACUCCAGUUUUAUCAGCUAUCUGUCCAUCAUCUGACUCUAUUGAGGAUAUCAAUGGUGAUGAAGGCAGCCCUGGUUUGAUCAUAUCAAAGAGUGAACCUAGUGAAUUAAUCAUUUCAAAGGCUGAUGAUUCAUGUAUUGAACAUGCAACACCAAGUACAGCUGGAAUAACAAACAGCAUUUCAACAUCAACUGCAGCAGAAGGCAUUGUCGUCACCGCACAUCAAACUAGCAUGUGUUACCUUCGACAGAUCUUUGACCAUGAGCAACUUACAUCACAAGGACAAAUGGCAACUCUAGCUCAUGGAGUUGCAUCUCACAACUUGCCAGAACUUCAACAAUGCAAAUGGCAGGGUUGUUGUCAGCAUUUCUUGACGCUGGAAGACCUUGUUAGGCAUGUMAAUGAGUACCACAUAAGAACAGAUAAGCAUUCAGAGUUCUGCUGCUAUUGGCAGGGAUGCGCCCGCAAUGGCAAGGGCUUUAAUGCCAGGUACAAAAUGCUUAUACAUAUGCGGACACACACAGGAGAAAARCCGCACAAAUGCCACCAUGAGAAUUGUGGGAAGUCGUUUUCUCGACUUGAGAACUUGAAGAUCCACCAGCGCUCCCAUACUGGUGAACGUCCCUAUGCGUGCCCUAUAGAUGGUUGCGAUAAGAGAUAUUCUAAUUCAAGUGACAGGUUUAAACACACAAGAACACAUUAUGAAAGAAAGCCCUAUCAUUGUAGAAUUGAAGGGUGCGAGAAAUGCUAUACAGAUCCCAGCUCUUUGAGAAAACAUUUAAAAACUCACCAUGGCCAGGAUGUAAAUGUAGAAGAACAAGAAUGACAUUAGAUUAUGAAACUAUAUCUUAUAUUAUUACUUAUUMAUAAAUAGAUUUUACUAAGUAAUAGAGCCCUCUUUAACCUAUCCCAUGGUACUUUUAAGUACAUAAAAAAUGAAAUAAAAAAUAAUAAUAAUUAUUAAAUAAGUAGGUGUAAUCACAUAGUUGCCUAGAGCCAGGAUAAAUUUCCAUUCACAGUUAAAGUUCCCCCAUUCUUCUCUUAGCCUUGUUAUAUGCAGAGAUGUGAAGAAACUCUCAACCAAUGCCUCUAUCUCAAGAAAUCUCAUUUUWAUUGAAGCUGAGCUUSCCAUGAUUGCUACCUUUUUUAACAAUUAAAAUGGCGUUAUCUUUAUUAGUGUUUUUGCAAGGCCAGCUAGUCACAYAAUGCUUCCUUAACUUACUGRAAAAAGGAGUCUUUGGAGCACAAUAAUUAAAUGUAAGCUAUAGGGAAUGCACACUUACCUCAGUACUCUCUCCUUUAGCAGGGUUAAACAGUUACUGUUGAUAGAAACAGCAGUAUAAUAUAUUUAUAUUUUGUAGGCUUUUAUAUUAAUCAAAACUAUUGUACUAGGUACCUAGCAAAUUAGAGAUUUUUUUGGGAGCAAUCAGACAGUUAGGAGAAAUGUCAUGCAAUUAUCAAAUAAGGUUCAACUGAAUGAUUUUUGUAUUAAAACAUUGUUUCCAAUGA